GGAAGUGUAAAAACAUCAACAAUCCUUCGAGGCUGGGGCGAAGUGUCAGUGUAGCCUAGCAGCGAGGUAGCUAAACGGGAUUUUCUCGGACAUUUCACAGAUUUGUUUUAUUUUUUUUUUAUAUAUAUAUAUAUACUUAGUGUAUUGUAGCAUCCCAGAUAUGUCGUUGUUAGGUAAACUAUUUGGAGGAGGAGGAAAAGGGGGAAAGGGACCGAGCCCACAGGAGGCUAUCCAGAAACUCCGAGAGACGGAGGAGAUGCUAACGAAGAAACAGGAAUUUCUAGAGAAGAAGAUCGAGCAGGAGCUGCAGAUCGCGAAGAAAAACGGCACGAAAAACAAAAGAGCGGCUCUGCAGGCUUUGAAAAGAAAGAAGCGGUAUGAGAAGCAGCUCGCCCAGAUUGACGGCACGCUGUCGACCAUCGAGUUCCAGAGAGAGGCUCUGGAAAACGCCAACACCAACACUGAAGUGCUCAAGAACAUGGGCUUUGCUGCUAAGGCCAUGAAGUCUGCCCAUGAAAACAUGGACAUUGACAAGGUGGACGACCUGAUGCAGGACAUUACAGAGCAGCAGGAGCUGGCCCAGGAAAUCUCUGACGCCAUAUCUAAACCUGUCGGCUUCGGAGAGGAGUUCGAUGAGGAUGAGCUGCUGGCGGAGCUGGAUGAGCUGGAACAGGAGGAGCUGGACAAAAAUCUGCUGGAGAUCGGGGGUACAGAGAACGUCCCCCUCCCCAACGUGCCUUCAACUUCAUUACCUGCCAGACCUGCCAAGAAAGAGGAGGACGAGGACGACAUGGAGGAUCUGCAGCGCUGGGCGGAAGCCAUGUAAACGCAGCAUCCGCCACAUCAUACCUGCAUCAGAGAGGGAAGAGGAAGGAGCAAUGGGGGAAUGAAUGGACUGAUAGGAUGUUGUGUAUGAGUGUUUUUGUGUGUAUGAGGAGGGCUGACUGUCUUAUUUUAUGUAACACUACGAAAAAGCAAAAAUGCUGUAAUCUUUCUUUUUCCCAACCCCUUCGCACAUACAGACCCCUGGGGCUCAGAUAAACGAGCCGGUCAGGGACUUUUAUUUUGAAAGUUUAUCACUAUACCUUGGCAAAGUCACCUAAUACAUUUAACCUGAAUUUUAACAUAAUACUGGCACUUUGCAGUCCCUCUGCUGUGCAGCGCUAUGUCAUAGAUCACAUAGUUCAUAUUGAAUUGGAUAUUAUGAGCUGUGUGGUACGAUAAAGGAGUUGUUGUCAGAUUAGAUUUGCGGACUGUGUGGCGUUGCUAACGUCACUGGAAGUCAGGUGAAUUUUCAUGGGAGCUUAAUCCUCAAAGAUCUGUUUCCGACUCACAUAUUUACCUGUAUUUGUGGCGUUAAAAUCGUUGGAUGUUUUGUUUUUGUUUUGCUUUUUUCUCUUCUUGACAAAAAUAACUAUUGUUUGCUCUGUUUCUUUUGUUAACUGCUCUUGAAAAAAGGAGAACAGCUGAGCAUGAGCUGGGUGUUUGCCAGAGUCCGAACCUGUUCUUUUGUUUCAGGCUGCGUGCUUUGUCCCUUUUCCCCCUCCUCCUCUUCGCCUCCUGUCGCCAUUUCAGCGACUUCUUCCUCGCUCAAAGCCGUUAUCACCAGUGGUUCUUGUUAUUUGGUGUAAAUAUCCCAAAUGUGUCUUUUUAUAUACUGUAUUUCUGCCAUCACCGAGAGGUUCUGUCGGGGUUGUGUGAAGCAUGCAACAAUGGAGAAAAUGACAAUACAGAUCACAACGCACGGCUAGAAAGAGAGAUGUUAUACCUAACACUUUCAUCCUGCUCUGUCUCUCGGUCCUUCUCAUAAGGGUUUUUGUUUCCGAUUGUAUAAUGUUGAAAAAAAUAAUAAUAAUAAACUAUUGUCACACCUUAUUAACUACACUUUGAAGGAGCUGGUGGUUUAUAAAAGAUUAGAUUAUAGUCAAUCUACAACAAUUCCUUUAGUUUUUCAAAGUCAUGAUGUACAUUUUUUACAUAGAAAAAAAACCCAUAACAAGAUCAGAUGGACAAGCAUGUUUGCAUUUCUAUGUUUUAUUUAUCCAGAUGAGAAUAUUAUUUGCAAAAAUCCAUUAAAGGUUUUCAAUUCUUU